UUUGGCUGGCGCUGCACAGUUCCUUCGCCUGUUUGUCUGUGUUAUCGUUUCUCGGGCAGGGGCGAAGGAAUGUCCCAAAUAAGGGGACGACGAUGCGUGCAAUGAGCGACGUCCGUCGAGGUCGAGUUAAGCGUGUUUAUCGUGUGCCUUACUGGACAGCAUCGUGACGGCGUCAAGAAGCACGAAGCUAAUGCGGCUGCAAGCUCCGCUCGGUCAACGACGAUGAGUAAGCGGUCGGAACGAUUGCCCGCUGAGCGACCGACGGUCGAGGGCUCGGAAAGACCCAGCCGAUCGCCUGCCGACGGUGACUUGGACGCGGACGUGGACGAACUCGAGCGGUUGCGCUGUUCAAGCGUGCAAACGGAGCAAGUGAUCGCCGAGCGCAACCGACGCAACGCUCGGCAGCCCAGCGCCGGUUAUCCGGGUUUGGCGUUCGGUGGCUCCGUCUUCUCGUCCAGCACGCUGAUGCGCUUCAGGGUGAUCGCCAACGAGCUGCACAACAUCACCAACGUGCAGCUCAAGCGCGCCGAGGGCGAAGUGUCGGCGCUGCGCAACCGCAUCAACGCGCUGGAGGAAAACCUGGGCCGCGAAGAGACCGAACUUCGCCAGGCGAGCCACGAGGUGUCACUCGCCAGGAUGGAAAGUCAACAAGACGGAGACGACGGCAACGAAGGAGACGGCGAAAUGUCGCUGCUCGACACUCAGCUGAUCGAGUCUAAACUCAGGUACGAGGCUGUCGCGCGCCAAAUCGCGCUUCUCGAUGCUCAGUUCGAACCGACCAAGGCAGCAGCUUCGCCGUGUGGUGCCGAAAACGACUCAGUGGCGUCGACGUCAGACGCCGCCGCACCUGUUUGACUAUACUGCUGUGUCUCGCAUCGUCAACUACGGGGCGGAAAUGUGAGCAUGUUCUUUGUCGUGCGUGGCAACAGAGAUAACGCUCCCAGCGCUUUUUAAGGUCAGUAAUGUAAGGAUAGGCUGGCGUUAAGCGGCAUGUGAUCUGUUAAGAAUCCUACACCAGUUGGGGGUUUCUUUCGUUUGAACGAAGGCAGGUUGAAGAUGGCCCAAAGUACCAUUGUCGCAGCACCUACGGGUGACUCAAUGUUUUAUCGUGUGUGUGUGUGUGUGCCUUCCGCAGCAUUAUACCUGUUGUUAAGCUCCUAACUUCGCUCAAGUUCAGUGCGUGUUUUAAGUGCGAAUCCCCUGUAGCACUGCUGUUAAAGUGCUCCCAGUAACUAUCCGAUCACUGCUGGAAGAGUAUGCUGCCGCUAAUAGUCGCUUACUUGCGACAGUAAAGUAAACUCACUGAGGCAUAUGUACUUGAACAUGCAGCCAGUCGCACCCAUGAAGCAACACACUAUUACGCAGAAUACAAAAAAAAUCAAUACAAGUAUCUCAAAGUAUUGCUGGGUAUGUGAUUGCAACCGUUGGCGUUCUAGAAUUCGUAGAGCAAUAAUGCAUUGCAAGUGGAGAGGUGGAUUUGUGUGCAAUAUUUGUAGAAGGCAGCAAAGAGGCAAGGAAUUGUAUUAUUUAGACAAUGGAACAUGACCUGCGUGUUCUUCAAAUAUAGACUGGCCAUAUCGCUUUGAAAACCAGUAUGGCUAAAUUGCUUAGCGAUUGUGUCAUGGUAGAGCACAGAACAUAAAAAAAUAAGUUGCUGUUAUAAAUGUUAUAUAUAUUUAUUAUACUUAAAUUGACUAUUUUAUACGAUUUUUAUCUUAGUGACUGUUGCAAUUGCAAUAGGCCCAUGUAGGAUGAUAUGAAUGGGACAUCCUUGGCAGCAUGUAAUGAAUAUUACAAACUCUCUGCCAAUGUUCAGCAGUGCUUGAAAAGCACACCAAUAAGUGUGAGUCUCAAAGCAUACUGUGCCCCUUUUUGCUGGUGCUUUAUGACAAAGCAGCAGACUGUCCUUCCUGUGCUUUUAGUGGCGGUCUUUGUGCGAUGAGUGCACGUGCAGAUACUGCAAAACAAACAUGUCAACUCAGCCUUACGCUCGUGAUAACACUGAGCUCUUACUCUUGUUAUCUACGACACAAACACUUCGACAGCUGUUUUCAGGAAAGCUCUAUCUAGUGCCUGAAUUAUGUUGUGGCAUCUGUAGAUUACAGUAUUUUCCUAAUCCACAUGAAGCUUUUUGACAUGCAGAUACUCUUAAUCUCAAGUGUUCUGCAGCUGCAACUGGAGAAACCUCUUUUGGUAGGGACGACGGUGUCAGUUUUUAUGAUGCAGUCUUUAACAUGGGGUCUGCUAGCCAAAAGCAAGUGCCUUAAGUCAUGCCCUGUACACAGCCAGAGGUGUUUGAAAUCUUUGAACAAGGAGAUAUUGUAACCUUUGUGCCUUAUGUCACAUAUGCUCAUAAAAGAGCAGUGGCCUUUACAGUGAACUGUGUUUUAAUUUACAUAAAAAUCUCCACUUACAGUUUUGUUCAGUGUUACGUUUUGCGGCAGCACUUUUUUGGUCCACAUCCUUCAGUGAGAAACACAACAGCUUUGUUGCAUGUGUGGUUUUUUCAUUUAGAAAAAAAAAACACCAUUUUACGUGUACGUUGUUGUUGAGAACCUUUCUGCUAUAGAGGCCACUAGUAAAUGCCCCCUCUAAGCAACUAAAUAUUUGGGAGAACCAUGAUCCCAAGUGUUCUGUUAAAUGGCGGAAAACAAAUAUGCAAUCCUGUUGCGAAAUUUACGUUAAGAGAUGUUGUAAAAAUUACGAGCGUAACCGCAGUAUGUGUAAAAACAGGUCACUUUAUAAACUCGAAAUAUCACUCAUGGUAGUGAAAAUUUUGAAAUGUAGAACUGUUGGUGACUGAGCACAAUGUAACAUUGUCUUGCUCAAUAAUGUUUCCUGACAUUACAGUGCACCCGAUAUAUUUUGUAUUUGCUGCUGUUAGGCAACGGCAGCUGUGUUACAAGCUGGCACAUCUUUUACUAAACCUGACUGUGGACUCGUCAUGCUCCUAAGCACUGCAUGUAGCGAACAAUAUAUUUCACUAAGGUGCAAGAGGCCAGUUGUUUGAUCCUAGGUCACUUAAAUGAUCAUGACGCCACAUUUCAAACAAGCCCCUGUUGCGAGAAUUGACCACAUGUUGCAGCUGUUUUCAUAUGACAUCAUUCUAGAAAAACUGUUUCUGAAAUUGGUUUAAUAUAUAUGAGACAAUCAAGUGAAUAGGGUAGACAUGAGGUGAUAAUGCCUAAGUAGCUAUACAAGGCUGAACAUUUUGACUGUAUGGGCAUCAGGAGUCUUCCAGCCUAGUUUUCUUUUCCCUGCCACUUAAGGCAGCUUUGUAGUAAUGUGUAUUGUGCAUUUUAUGUAUACCGCAAGUGCCUAAUUGAUGCUGUGCCUUGAUAAACGUUGUUAAGGCUGUUGUGAUGCUAUUCACAUGCAAAGUUGCACAAAGGAAUUUGUUGUGAAGGAUAAUGAAUGUUCCUAUGUAUAGUGCUGCUUAUAGAAGUUUUUUAAACAUGGAAAGUGCAUAGAUGUUUGAAGCCAUGCAGUCACUGGGGGAAUUUAUAGUAUGCAUACGUGCAGCUUUUGUAGUGCACUUCUCGAUUUUGUAUGUGAAACCACACCAUUGGUAAAUUAAAUCAAUUUUAAAGUGAUACCUAUUUCAGUCAAAUCUGUUAUGUUUACUUAUAGCAUAUCUAUUGUAGUGAUAUAUAAUAUAUGUUUCCCACAUCGAUGCUGCGCUGUUCCAAAAAAAAUCUGUGACUUCAGUCCAAAUGUAUUCAGCACGAAAGGUCUAUGUUGCAGGUUUUUAGUCUGUUGAAAAUUGGCUAAGUAAAACAUACUCUAAAAGUAAUCCUUUGUCACUGCAGCAAAUAUUCACGGUUUAUUGUAUAAAAUAUUUCCUCCAGUACUAUUAUGUAAUAAACUUGAGCAGCUGUGAUUGCACAAGAUAACAGUUUUAGCCGAAGUAGCACUAAAUUGCAGAGUAACACAGAACUCGUCUUUCUGAAGCAUGGUAAUGGCAUUGUAGCGUUUUCUUUCUGUCAUGCCGCGAUACUAUUUUGCCAGUCAUGGUAUAUAUACUAAAGACUGUGGCUCAUAUAAGCUGUGAGCAUGGUCGAUUUAUGGAAGAUGCUACGCUAUUUUAGUACAUUGAUGGCGCAGUCUUGAGGACAUUAUUGACUCCAGAGUUUAAACUUUACAGAGCAGCUUUGAUAUCUUUAGAUCUUUACAAUACCAGUGGCAUUUUCUGAUUAGGGCCACAUAUAUUAGUUCCUUACUUCGUACUGCCAUCUACCUGUGGCAUUUUACCUGGUCGGCAGCUCUCAAAUGCUUCUGAGAUUGCAAUUCAGCAUUGUGAUUCUUGUGUUUUCUAAGUAGUUGUCUCACGAGUGUGUCAUACAACAAUUGUUUUCUUGUAUUCUCUUGUCAAUUUUAGUGUGGGCGUAUGUUUAGUCGUUGUAUUUUAGUCUCACAGUAUGGGUUAUGGUGGUGUUAACCACCAGAGUAAAGAGACACUAAAGGAGCAUCAUAAGACUAGAUCGUUUGCUAUAUUUUUACACAUAGCAAAUAUGUUGGCUUCACCAAGAGCGGAGGUUUCAUAAACUAGGAAAUCGUGCUUCACAAAAAAAAAAAAAAAAAAACACGACUGGCAGUGCCAGCUUAAAAUUCCCUCAGAAGAAUUCUUGGACAUCAGAAAUCUCAUGAACAACUGAUGGCACAGGCUAGCUAACUCCAUACCUUGAGUAUGUUUCAAUGGGGACAUUUGGGAGGCCUUUCUUUUUUCUCCUUUUUGUAGGAGUGCAGGCUUAGAAUUGCAAAAAUGUUGAGAGAUAAUUCACACAGUGCAGGGUAAUGGCCAUAAGUUUAACCAUCAUAUACUGCAUUUUACUGCGUCUUAAAUGCAAAGCAUUAGUCAUGUCUAAUUUACUGUUUGCCUUUAGUGUCCCUUUAGUGUGGUGGAGUAAUGUGUUUAUAAGGUUUUGUGCAAAAAGUCGCAAGUGGAGAGCUAUUCGACCAGAGAUAUUGGCUCUCAUAGGAAGCUACUAGUAUGUACUCGCAACUCCAGCAUGGCAGUUCAACCACCGUGGAAAAUAGUGUUUUGCAAGCAUUCUCACAGCAUUGUGUAACUUUCAUCAAGAUAGUGAGGCAGUUAUUAUGACAGUUUAUAGACAGCUGCAGACUACCCAUGUCACUUGUUGCAAUCUUUAUUACUAUCACCAUUGAGCGAAGUGCGAGUCUACGCUCUGCGUAGUUAUUGCUCUGUUACCGGGCAUGUAUUUUCUAAUGGGCAGGGAUGUUUCUCAGUGCUUAGCACUUUGCUGCUGCAGUGAAUCAUUGUACUCUGCAGAAACAAUACUUGAGUCUUUAAAUGUGGCUGAAAUGGACGUGCAAAGCGAAAUAGUUAAGUCCACUACAAAAAUUUGCAAAAUGCUUCAUCAUAAUACAGUAAGAGGUGUAUGUAUGCUUGUAUGCCUAAAAAAAAGCGUUGGUGAAGGAUAAAAAGAAAUAGGUCGCAGAAGUUCGGAUUUAUGCCCUUCGAUACUCAAAGGAAACUUUGGAAGUCUGUUCACCUGUUGGAGGCAGAAAAAAAAAAAGAGAUUAAUAGCAGAUUGCUUUAACAUUGUAAUGUGAACAUAAAAAGAAACAGUGUCAUGCAGCCAUGUGCAUAUUAAAAAUGGGAUGUUUAUAUAGUAGUCUAGUAUGAAAGCAAAUUUUCAUAGCGUUACGUAAAGGGAAACACAGAGAACUAUUUACACUCUAUUUACAAGAGCAAGAACACCCUAUUACGAGAGUGCCAGGAGGCCGUUCGCUUCAUCUUCCUUGUUGCGGCAACAUGGUCUGUUCAGCGUAUGUCAGUCGUAUUGUAUAGAGUUACCCCAGCGCCGAAACGCCGUUCCGGUGCCGUUAAAUACCUGAAGUGAGCGACUAUACUUGUAUGUUAGACUUGUGCCUCGCAACAUCACUCACAGUCAUCACAGGUAAAGAUGUAUUGCAUAGGCUAGAAUGGUUGCAUCGGUGUCAUGAUUUACUUGUCCAUUCAUACAGUUAUGCAUAGGCGUGCGCAGGGUUCCCCAUUAGGGGUGGGGCAAGUUUCAGCCCCCCCCCCCCAUUUCCACGCCCCUUCCCUCCGUUUUUCAUGUCACGGCUGCCGAAUUUAAUUGGUUUGAAAUACAAUGCUUCUGUGUAAGGUGCAAGUUCUUAGUGACAGGCGAUCAAAAUUAUCCAUAAUUGUUCACUAGUGUGAUGUUUAGAGGUGCUAAAACCCAAAAUUUAUUUAGCUUCCAUAGACACCUUUCUAUGUGUAGCUCCGGGCAGCUAUAAGCCUCCUAAAUUACGAUCGAAUGAAGUGUGCUCGUUGAAAGUAUUGCCGCGCUUUCCAUUCAUUCAUUCAUUCAUUCAUUCAUUCAUUCAUUCAUUCAUUCAUUCAUUCAUUCAUUCAUUCAUUCAUUCAUUCAUUCUCUUUAUUUUCCAGAAUAAAAUGAAAACAUUACAUUCUGGAUGGUCUCCUGGGCUAAAAGCUGUAAUGAAACAGCUUGACUAGGGCCCAGAAGACCAAUUACAUGGCAACAAGUGACAGGUGAAAAUAUUUGCACGAAAUGUAAGAUAUAUCACACAUGGUAAAAAAAAAAAUAUUUACAGAAACAAAGCAUAUAACAAUACCCGUGUAAGCGUAACAGGGAAUGAUUUUUGAAUAAACACAUUUCUAACAACGAACAACACUAACAGAAUACUCAAAUUUAUUUACAGAAAAGAAAUUGUAAUACUACAAGUACAAGAAAAAAAAAACAGCAAUAGUACACCUGUAAUUCUGGCAGUAAACUACACGAAACAAUAAUAUCAACACAAUAUAAGAAAAGAAAAGCAUGGUAGCUAAUCAUAUACAACAAUAUACAGUGAAAUGUAGUACAACAUUAAGAAAUAAUUGAAAUGUAUGAAUACAUUAGUAAUUCAGAAAUAUUUCACGUAAUGUGUUUAGCGCAGGUUUAUGUAAAUGUUUAUGCUUAUUAAGAAUACAUGGGAGGUUAUAUUUCAAUGAGUGAAGUUUAUAGUCAGUGCGAAAGCGCGGUAUAAGCCAGCCUCAUACAUUACGAGUAUUGAUAGCGUGACUGUUGCGUUGCAGUGCAGCGGUUAACUCGAUAAAUUGUUUAAAUCAAGAAGAACAUGUGUAAAAUGAUCGCAGGAUGCGGAACUCGUACAUAUAUUGGAUUGUCGAGCCAUAUUGUAGUUUAAGGCAGCUAAAUAAAGGCCGGGAUAACUUCUAGAGCAUUUCAAGCGCUACACAAUAGCCCCGACAACUAAGGAAUACUUCGAAAUCAAGACCCCAGUGGCUGUAGUGGCUCCUUAAAUUCGAGUACUAACGGUACACGGUGGUUGAACGAAUGCUGAAUCGAUCAAGCACUUUACGUAAAACUCUCCGCUGCCGCGUUGCUUUAGCCGUGACGCACGUUGUAAAAUUCUCUAACGUCCGAGUUGUAAGUUCGAUUGUGUU